CUUCCUAAAAAUCCCAAUAUUAAAAUUAGCUUUCUAAGUAUAAAAGACAACGGAGCACUACUCCAGACCUAUGGCGAAAACUUCACCGCUUGGUGGAACUUAUAUAAGGCUAGUACGUGGAAUAAGGAUUUGAUCCAACGAGACUAUAAAUUCUUGGAUAAGAUACUGCCCGCCUGCGUCAAGGGUGUUGCGGAGUGGAUGAAGAAGGUCAACUACACUGGCGAACGGCUAUCAACGCUUAAAAUUUUAAACUAG